GAAGAGAGGUCCUGCACAUUUUACAGAAGAGGGGUCCUGCACAUUUUACAGAAGGGAGGUCCGGAGAAGACGGUGACGAAUAAGUGCCGUGACCCAGGGCGCAUUGGGUCCUUUCUCACCGCCAUCCCAAUGAAGGAACCUGACGCCAUAAAGCUCUUCAUCGGGCAGAUCCCGCGGAAUCUGGAGGAGAAGGACCUCAAACCCAUCUUCGAGCAGUUUGGGAAGAUCUACGAGCUGACAGUGAUUAAGGAUAAAUACACUGGCAUGCACAAAGGAUGUGCCUUCCUGACGUACUGUGCACGGGAAUCAGCCCUCAAAGCCCAGACAGCUCUGCAUGAGCAGAAGACCCUGCCAGGGAUGAAUCGGCCUAUUCAGGUGAAGCCAGCUGACAGUGAAGGCAGAGGAGAGGACAGGAAGUUGUUUGUGGGCAUGUUGGGGAAGCAGCAGGAGGAUGAGGAUGUGAGGAAGAUGUUCGAGCCCUUUGGCAGGAUUGAUGAAUGUACAGUACUGAGGGCACCUGAUGGUACAAGCAAAGGUUGCGCAUUUGUGAAGUUCCAAACUCACGCUGAAGCUCAGGCAGCCAUUACCAGCCUGCAUGGAAGCAGAACAAUGCCAGGCGCCUCCUCUAGUCUCGUGGUGAAGUUUGCAGACACGGAGAAGGAGCGUGGGCUCCGGAGAACACAGCAAGCUAUCUUCAGCCCCAUCACGCUCAACCUGGGGGCCUACAGCGCCUACACACAGGCUCUGGUACAGCAGCAGACACUGAUGGCCCAGACCGCCUACUUGUCACCAGUGGCAACAGUUGCCGCUGUACAGAUGCAGCAGAUGGCAGCCCUUAAUACCAAUGGCAUCAUAGCCACGCCCAUAACCCCCAUCACACCUUCUUCAGGCACAAACACCCCACCCACUAUUGCAGUGACACCAGGCCCGGGUCUGCCUCCAGCCAUCGGAGUCAAUGGUUAUAGUCCCGUGCCCGCACCAGCCAAUGGACAAGCAGCUUCUGAAACAAUCUACACCAAUGGCAUUCACCCAUAUCAAGCCCCAAGUCCAGCUGGAGCGUUGGAUCCUCUCCAGCAGGCGUAUGCUGGCAUGCAGCACUACACAGCGACCUAUCCUGCUGCCUUCGGAUUGGUCAGUCCGCCAUUUCAUCAUCAAGCCACGCUGGCUCCUCAGCAGCAGCAACAGAGAGAAGGUCCUGAAGGCUGUAAUAUUUUCAUUUAUCACUUACCCCAAGAAUUCACGGACUCUGAACUGCUGCAGAUGUUUAUGUCAUUUGGGAAUGUCAUCUCUGCUAAAGUGUUUGUGGACAGAGCCACCAACCAGAGCAAGUGUUUUGGCUUUGUUAGUUUUGAUAACCCCACCAGCGCUCUCACUGCCAUCCAGGCCAUGAACGGCUUCCAGAUUGGGAUGAAGCGGCUCAAAGUCCAGCUGAAGAGGCCGAAAGAUGCCAACAGACCCUACUGAGAUGAGAGCGGCCCCUGGAGACCGGUCCACACACCCCGACGUAAAUUGCGGGAGACCCCAUCGCUAUGGCUAUGGUUGCCUAGCAACAGAUAAUGCCCCCCUACCUCUCCCGCUGUAAUUGUUAAAAGCUGAGAUGUUAAAAGAUGAGAAAGUAAUUCAUCCAGUUAACUGCAGCAUGGAGUUGAGAUGACUGGGUUAUUCACGACACACACCACAUUAAAUAAUGAUAAUGGAACAUAUAAAAGAUUAUGUGCGUACGUCACACUUAUGUCUACACUCAGUCCCACGUGUGCAGAGUGCUCACUAAUACUCACAGGUCGGAAGUAGAAGUUUCUUUUUUGUUACCAAUAAUUAAGAUAAAAAAGAAGAUAGUAUGUAGGAUAGUACUGCCACAAUAAGAGAAACUUUAUUAUGUGUAUAUAAGCUAGCAUCAAGAAAUUACAGUGGACAAAAAAAAACAAAAAACAAAAAAAAACGAUAAUGAUAAUAGUUUACAUGAAAACAACAAAAAAUGGUAACAACAUGCAUUAACAUCAUCAUCAUCGUCAUUAGUGACAUCAUGAUUACUGCUAUAAAUUUCUUUUGAAAAUGUCUUUUGAAUUAAGAUUUCUAUCUUUUCUUGAAUUAUGAGAGAAGGGUUCAGGAACUUUUGGGGGUGAGUUUUAAUCCUUGAGCUACUUUUUAUUUGUAGAUUAAUUUCAUUUUCAAUUUUAUUAAUGAUUGACUUUUAAAAAUCUGACCAAAUAUAUAGGUUUAGAUCGAUUGGGUUGCAAGUUCAUUUUCUUUCCUUUUCUUAAGAAAUCCAGAAAAUGUAUGACUUUGUAAGUGAAUAAUUAUUGAACUAUGAAUUACAAUAUUUAUUUCUUAUUUAUUGACUAAUUUUUGAUUCAGACUUUCUGUAUAAUUUAAAUAAAAUACACCUAUGAUGCAAAGA